AUGGAGAGUCGAGCUGCAAAGGAACCAGAAGAAAAUGUUCGUAAUUGUCAUGAUGUGAGGAUGAAGCUUUGGUCGGUUUCAGAAAACUCUGAACCGGCAACACCUUCAACGAAGCUUUCAAGGAAGUUCCCUCAAAAUCGAAUGUCACAAAAGUUACUCCCUUUAAAAAUAUCGACGUCUUCCCUUCCUAACAUAAGAAAUGAUGAAUCUGAUGCCUCUGAUCAGUCCUUGUCUCCCUAUAAUUCUAUUAUACCAUCGCCUUCAAAUUAUAUUGGCAACCAGCCUUAUCCAAAUGGUCCUGUGUGUAUCUAUCCUCCAAAUAUAUACCUUUACGCAAAACCAUCUAUGCCGAUUUUACAAUCCUUCGACGUCGUCGUCAAUGUCGCCAAAGAAGUUGUACAACCGUUCACGAGCGAGGGUCGUUGCUACAGGGAUUCCAAAUAUAACCUAGAUAUUCAUGUGUUUGAUUGCCUUGAGUAUAUCCACAUACCCUGGGAGCACGAUUCGCAGUUUUUGGUUGAAUUGGAUCAAUUGGUGUCAUUCGUUACUUAUCAAGCACUUUAUUUGAACAAGCGUGUUUUGAUAAAUUGUCAAAUGGGAAUUUCUAGAUCUGCAUGUCUUGUUAUUGCGUUUAUUAUGAAAACUCUAAAUUUAAAUGUAUCCGAUGCGUAUGAAUAUGUCAAGCAACGAUCCCCUUGGAUUGGUCCUAAUAUGUCGUUAAUUUUUCAGCUUUCAGAGUAUCAGCAAAUUAUUCAUAAAGGUUUGGACUCAACAUCUCGAUCUGCGAACUCUUUCUUUUUUCCUGAAAAACCGUAUACAGCACAACUUCCUCUUUCCUCUACAACUUCUACUGAUUCUCUUACAUAUCCGGCUUUACGAAAAACCAAAAGCAGUGGCAGUAUGAACAAUGAAUCCUCCUGA